AUGUCGGUCACCAUACCUUUACGAACCCUCUCCCCGGUUGCAUCUGCUCGAACGGACGACUUUCAAACCGACCACAUUUGCUCAACAACCUCCGAAAUGUCCUCCUCCCUGCAACAUGAGCAUCAAGGGGUCUGCACAUGUGAGAUCAAAGGAAAGCAAGCUGCGAGAGACCAGGUGUUCAUAGCUGAAAAGCAUGACCCUUCAUGCGAACUAGUUAUGCCCGUGGAGUCCAGCCAACACCCACUAUUUCCACCGUUGCCGUCCUAUGGUCCUCCGUCGUUCGCUCGAAACCUCCAUUACUAUGCGUUUCAGGCCAUCUCGUUCUUCCUAUCGCUUGCAUUCCUCUCGGCCAUCUUUAUUGGCGCAUUGAUUUGUACAAUCGGUACAGCAAUCUCGGACACCGUAUCACGAUUAAAAGGCAAUAAUCCGGCUUCGAAAAGGAUAUUUCAGGCAGAGGAACAGACGCGCAGAUUGGCAAGGGCGAACUCGGAUAUGAAAUGGCACCUUCGGGAGCAAAAGAAGUAUGUGGAUGAAGAGCAAGGUCUGGACGAAUGCCCGCCACUCGAGGGAGGAAAGGAUCGGAUAGUCUGUGAUGUCGCCUACUACGCCAGAAGGGUAGGGCUUGACGUGGAGACGUUCCGUGUCCAGACCGAGGACGGAUUCAUCAUCACCCUUUGGCAUGUGUACAAUCCCCAGGAAUACACGGCCUUGUCGCCGGAACAAAGGCGGGAGCGCGGACCUGUUGUAUUCGAUUCGAAGAAAAGACCCACCUCCUCCCAGUCGAAUCGCCGAUAUCCCGUUCUUUUGAUUCACGGAUUGCUGCAAAGUGCUGGUACUUAUUGCACGAAUGACGACGAUAGUCUUGCAUUCUAUCUUUGCAAAUCAGGAUAUGAUGUCUGGCUUGGCAACAACCGCUGUGGGAUGAAACCCGAGCACACCAGUCUAUCCCCCUCUGAUCCACGCAUGUGGUCGUGGGAUAUCCGACACCUCGGGACUCUCGAUCUGGCUGCUCUCACAUCCCGGGUCCUGUAUGAGACGGGAUUCGAUAAGCUGGGUCUGGUAGGUCACUCGCAGGGGACUACUCAAACAUUUGUCGCCUUGGCGAAAACGCACCGACCAGAACUGGGAGAGCACAUCUCAGUAUUCUGUGCCCUCGCCCCGGCAGUGUAUGCCGGCCCGCUCGUGAGCAGACCGUAUUUCCGCUUCAUGCAACUUUUGUCCCCUGGGAUGUUUCGCCUCGUCUUUGGUAUCCAUUCCUUCAUCCCCUUUAUGCUUGCCGUUCAACGUGUGCUGCACCCGCGGAUAUAUGGCACUAUUGCGUACUGGGUCUUUUCUUUUCUCUUCGGCUGGUCCGAUGCGAGGUGGGAACGUGAUCUUCGUCAUCGCAUGUUUCAAUUUGCUCCUGUUUAUGUCAGUGCUGAGACUAUGCGCUGGUGGCUUGGAAGCGAAAGCUUUGCCAAACACAAGUGUAUACUUUCCACUAUCGAGGACUCUUUGGAGGAAGCCAACGAGGAUCGCCGAUAUCGUGGAGAAACCGGUAUCGAACACGGCGAUGACCCUAGUGAUGCGUGUCUCGAUUCCCGUGGGGAAAAAGCUUGGUUCGGACUUCAAACUCCUCCAUUCGCACUUUGGGUCGGUGGUUCAGACGCGCUUGUCGAUGGCCGGAAGCUCUUGGAUCGAUUUGAGAGCGGCCGUGAACCCAAUGUCCAGGUUGUCCAUGCGAAGGUUAUCGAUGAGUAUGAGCAUUUAGAUGUGCUUUGGGCGAUGGAUUCAGUGGAGAAGGUUGGGAAGGAGGUUCGACAAGUUCUUUUCAACACUAUGCCCGAUGAUGCGCGCGCUAUCUGUCGAGUACCUCGGGGCAUCAAUCCAAGCCUGCUAGAUUAG